AGCUGCAAUCCUGCUGGCGUAGAUCACAUAGGACCAGGACAAGACCACGACCGCCAGCAAGACCUGAGAGACCGAGAGUUUAAGGCUGUGGGUAGCCUCGAUUCGGACGAAAGCGGACGGAACAAAUGCCUCCGGUUCUAAGCGGAGCUUCGGUGUGAACGGAUCAGACCAGCGGGGCCCGGGAGACCGAUAACGUGGCUGACGGCGGAUGCCGCUCACGGUGCGGAAUUCUGCCCGGAGGAGGAGAAAAAACCCGGAUGAGAAGGUCCCGGAGCGACCCGGGGAGUCGACUUCUGCUCAGGUGAUGGCGCCCACGCGCAUGAAACUGCGCGUGCGUCGCCGCGAAGGUGCAGGUGCAGCAGGCGGCGGUCAGCCAGCGGAGGAAGAGGAGCGGAGCCAGGAGAGCGGCGGUCGCAGCAGCAGGAGGAAAAACACCAGCAACACUUCGACUGCAGCCGCUGCCACCUCCUCUCCUCCCACCUCCUCAGCCUCAGCGAGGGCGGUGGUGGCGGCAGAGGAGGCGUCACCCGACUCCAAGUGCCCCAUCUGUCUGGACCGCUUCAACAACCUGGCGUACCUGGACCGCUGCCUGCACCGCUUCUGCUUCCCCUGUAUCCAGGAGUGGUCGCACAACAAGGCCGAGUGUCCGCUCUGCAAACAGCCCUUCGCCUCCAUCCUGCACUCUGUCCGUGCAGAGGACGACUUCAAGGAGUACACGCUGCGGCCGGCGCCCGCCAACAGCAGCGUGGCGGCCACUGUGGCCAUGGUGGCAGCGAUGGCGUCAGCAGCAAGAAGUGACCACCAGAUGAGACUGAUGCUGAGGAGGCACAGGGGGGCAGACGGCGGAGAGACGACCACGAGGAGGCAGAGAAGGGAGAGGGGAGGAAGAGGAGGGGGAAGUCGGAGGACGGGGGAGAGGACAGGGGUGUGGGAGUGGUAUCUUGAUUCUCCUUCUCUUCCUCUUCCUUCUCUUCCUCACCAUCCCGCCGUCCCUCCCGUGGUUGCAGAGGACAGUGGGGAGGGAGAAGACCUGGAGCAGCAGAGGAGGAGGGCAGGGGCGGAUCUGUCGGAGCGUGGGGUGAUAUUUGAGGGACUGACGGGUCUCGGGGGGGCAGGAUCAGUGACCUCCAACGACCGGGCGUCACGGCGGCUGAUGACCCGUCUGGCCACGAGGCAGCGGCUCCAGCGAGAAGGUGGAACUGUGCGGCGGCUGAGAGAGAGAGAGACUGUGGCCUUCCGCCGCGCCCUCUACCGCUGUGGCAUACGUGUACGUGGCGUUACUGGGGCCAGCGGUAACCAGGGGCAGCAGCAUGACAUCACAGCUGAGAGCUUCCGUCGUAACCCUGCCCACCUGAACAGACUCCGCCCCUGGGUCAGGCGGGAGCUCACGGUGCUGUACGGCGCUCACGGCGCUCUGGUCGACAUCGUCCAGCGCAUCAUUACGGCGCAGCUCGCCCGCCAUGGCCUGGAGGACACGCCCACCAUAGAAGAAGAGCUGCGACCAUUCCUGUUGGCUCGCACUGACCACUUCCUGCACGAGCUGGUCAGCUUCGCCCGCUCGCCACUCAGUCUGGAAAACUACGACCUGCAAGCGGUGUACGAGCCGCCGGCCGCCGCCCUGGAGCUGGACGGGACGAGCAGCCCCUCUGACAGCAGCUCUGUCAUCGCCAUAUCAGAGGGAGAGGAAGAGGAGAGCCAGGCGGGAGGAAGGUCAGAGGAGGGGCUGCAGGGGAGGGCGGGGGGCGCUCACGAUGAUGUCAUCCAAACAGCGAGCUGCCUCAGCCUGUCAGCCUGGGAUGACGAAACGCCAGGCCCCUCCUACUCCACCGCCGAGCCGUCGUGUUCGCUCGCCUCAAUGUCAUUCAGCCCCACCCCGCAGGAGACAGCCAAUGAGGAGGGGGGAGAGAAGGGGGAGGAGGAGAGGGAGAAGGAGGGGGAGGAGGAGUGUCUGAUUGUCGGAUACAAGAAGCCGAUCGCGGAGCGGACACCUGAGCUGGUGCAGCUGUCCUCUGAUACUGAAGAAGAGGAGGACAAGGAGAAAGAGGAGGAGAAGAAGACUGAGAAGCUUCCUUCCCUCCCCCCCACCACUCCUCCUCUCUCUUACAUACCCACAAUCCCUCCCUCCACAUCCGGCGCGUUUCACGAGCAGCAGGACGGCAAGUCGAAGGAGACCGAUGGCGAGGAUGGGUGUCGCUCACGUGCACGCUCGUGGUCUCGCAGCUCGGGAAGAAGCCAGGAGUCGGUGUGCACACUCAGCCCGAGCGAGCGGCGGCAGGAGAGCUGGAGAGACAGGAAGCAGUCCGGCAGCGAGGCGGCGAGGGAGAAAAGGAGGAGAAGGAAGAGGAGGAGGAGAGGGCAGGAAAGAAGCGGCACCCUGUACAACCCAAACCGCUCCAUUUAUCCCGCCAUGAUGCGCCGCCGCUCCCACUCCCCCUCACCGUUCCACUCCAGCAUCGACUCCGGGUCACCGCUGCCGCCCAGCCCGCCUGACUCCAGCUGGGAGUACCACUGCUCCCCUCUCACCUCCUCUGUCUCCUCACCAUCCCACUCUUCCUCCUCCUCGUCCUCCUCGUCCCUCUGCUCCCCCGCGCGGACGUCCUCACCGCCACCGCAGACGCCGCCGACGCCCUCGCUCUCCCCCGGUGACGCUCACCACAGAGAAAAACCCGGUGGGAAGAGGAAAUACAAGAGCCGGCACCUGGACAGCAAUGACAAGGACCCCACCUGGAGGCCGAGCAGCAACCACCACAGGGAGAAGAGGGGGGAGAGGGGGGAGAAAGAGAGGAGGAGGAGGGGGAGAGAUGGACGGAGGAGAAAGGAGAGACGGGGGGACGCUCACAGGGAGAGCGGCAGUUACUGUGGAGAGAGCAGCAGGAGAAGGUGCAGAGAAGACCGGAGUCCCAGCGUGGAGAUCAUCUACGAGGGCACCGUCGCCACGGACGCAGCGCAGCCUCCCGCCCACAAACGCCGCAGGAAACGCCACCGCAAGACACAACACAGCAGUUCUCCGGUCAUCAUCACGCUGGACAGCGACAGCAGCCGCGACGACACCAACAACAGAACCAUCCACAGCAGCAGCAGCAGCCCGCUCAGCAGCCAGCAGACCGUCGACUUCUCCGACCUCCCUCCUCUCCCGUUGGUGCAUUCUGCCGGUGUGGGCGGGGCCUUGGAUGCUGAAAUCGGCGAGCUUCCCGUUGACAUUCUGGAUCGAGGAUCCGACGGGUCGGAGACGGAGCCGACGGGCCGGUCCGAGGGUCCCAUCGCCAUCGACAACAGCGACGACAGCGAUCGCGACGUGGACGUGGAGAACGUUGAAGAGAGCGGUUCGCUGCCAGGGUGCAACGAUAAUAAGAGUCUGCCUUCGAGCAUACGUGGACCAAUGAGAGAGGUCGAUUCAAAGGUCCCUGCUCCUGAUCCGAGUGUGGACGGUGGCGCCCAGCAAACAGGAGACAACGAUUCUGUCUCCAUAACAACCGAUAUUCACAAAAGAAACGACCGUCUCCUAGCAACCUUCCUCAGUGACCCUCAGUGUGACCUUUCUUUGAACUGUGCGCCGAGUUUCUCCCCUGACACCAGAACAAAGCGUUUUCCCUGUGAGGCUCGUUCCAACCAGGACGGCUGGUCGGCUGAGACCCAGCAUCCCCUCGCCACUUUGCCUGCGGAGCGACAGCCUCAUGAUGUCAGAGACCUGCCAACGUGUCGCACCUCCGCCCGCCCUCCGCCUCCUCCUCAGCAGCUGAAGGAGGGAACGGACGUCCCUCCUCUCCUGAAACAGGCCAGUCCUGUCCAGUCCUACAACAGAAACACGCCACCGCCAUUAAAACACAAAGACGCUGGGAGUCCACGCCUCUCACCCAUCUCCCCCACUGACCCCCACUCACCUCACCCCUCUUAUGACAUCAGUUCAAAUCCCUCUGUCUCCCAUGUUGACUCCCACUUGUCUCCUGAGCUGCCCGGACAGAAGCAGGUCAUCCCGCCCAUUUCAACGCUGAAGAGGCGUUUCAGCGGCGCUGUGGCGGCGCCUGCGAGCACGAAUCCAGCUGCUGUCAUACGUUCCUCCUGUCGAUCGGCUCCCAUCGACUCCCACUCAGUCAGAGCAUUAACCAGCAGCGUCCAUUCCACCAGUCACAGUCCUCCCGCUGAGACCUGCUCACCUCCUGCGACUGAAAACACGUCACCACAUCUGGACUUCUUCAAUGCUGUUCAUUCUUCAGAGUUCCAUUCCAGCUGUGACACAGAGGACACGCCUUCCUCUGGUCUUAGGUCGUCACCCAUUAACUUACAUCCUGUGAAUUCUUUGUCUCCCACUGAUUUCCAUUCAGCGAAGACUGUCUGCUCCAAAGAGGAGCCGGCUCGCUCUGACUCUACCUCCGGAGGUUGUGGGAGUAAGACUUUCAUGUUGAAUUCGUGUCGGGUGGUACCCGGUGACCUUCCUGCGUCCGGCCGUGUUCCUGCUGGAGGCGCGGCGGCAGGAAGUGGUAUUUUCUCAGGAGCCAGUGCUGACGACACGUCACCUGCUGUUACGGUUUCAUGCCUUGAUUCCAGGACUCAGAGUCCCUCCUCCCCUCCCUCCCCUCCCCUCCCCUCCACUGAGUCCCACUCCUCGAAUAAAAGAGAGAACCCGUCACAGAGACUUAGCGUUAGCUCGGCGCCAGCAGCAGCUCCCAGCGGCGGGACGUCACCUGCUGACUUCCAUCCAAGCCCCAAACCUCAUGGUCAGCUGCCACCUGUUGAUUUGCUUUGUUCAGGUUCUUUGUCACCUGUUAACUUCCGUUCUUCUCGUUUUAUCACGGCUGCGACUGACGGACGCCUGAACCACACAGCCUUACCCUCCGCUACCUUCCACACGUCGCACAGGAUGUGCGGUUCUCGGUCCGAACCUGCCGUCGAAUCCCGCCCGGCGCUUCACCGCGCCGCCGACACGGACUCAAAGCAUCACAACCACUUUGACCCCAGGUCCGACCCACAGUUCCCCACCGACGCCCGCUCAGAGUGUCACGGCGACUCUCGUUCAAACAGCUGUCAGAGAGACUUUCAGCUCCACACAGACAAUCACCUCACGUCUUCCCCCCGGUCUGAGAACCAGUGGAACCCUGGGAACUCAGACUCCUCCAUCGAAGAACGCUCAGCCAGCAGCAUGUGGACCACGCACACACACUCUGCCACGUAGGACACACACACACACACACACACACACACACAGGAUCUGAAUGCUUUGUUGACUUCAUGGAGAAAAGUUGUGAUUUUACCUCCGUUAACGUUUCUGUUUGUUUAUCUGAUUCUGCUCAGACCCGUUUCAUCUCUGGUCCAAACUGUUUUUGAAUGUGACGUGUUUUUUUGUGGAGCUGGGACGAAUCGACAGACCUGAUCAAAGUAUUGAUAUAUCAUUCUUAUUUUUCGAUAUUUAUAUUUUAAAUUGUUGUUUUAAUAAUGAGCAUUUUGGCUUGUUCACCAGCGGUUUGGGUGAGAGAUCCCGAUCACUGACCCACAGGAAGUUUCCUCGGUGCAGAUGAACCGUGCUUCUCUGGCCUCAUGGAAAAUAAAGUCAUUCAAUUGUUAAAUAAAAAUUCUAAAUGUGAUGAUAAAGAAGGGAAUUUAUACAGAUACGUUCAGCCCGCCUCCUGCCUGUCAGUCACAACGUUCAGCCCGCCUCCUGCCUGUCAGUCACAACGUUCAGCCCGCCUCCUGCCUGUCAGUCACAACUCAGCCAAACGCUGUAGAACUGCAGCUGUAGAUUCAAAUAAAGUGGGAAAUAUAACAAUUUAAUUGAAGGACAAAGGGGAAAGAAACAUCUCCACCAUCUGCUGACGCGAUGAACGCAGGAGAGAAACAUCUCGCACCAAACAUCCUUCAGAAAUGAGACGCCGCGGCAGCUCGCUCUGCUCCCAGUGUCGUGUAAACGAGUGAAUGUGUGUUUAAAUGUUCUGUAGGAAAAAAGUCACAAGUUAAAGAAUCCUCAAUAAAGGUUUGGUCAGACGGUGAGCCGGUGUUUUGGUUCGUUGAAUGUCUGGUAAACUUCCAGAAAUGCAGUUGUUCCAGCUGCUGAACUGUGAAGGUUCGCUGGUUUGAUUUGUU